AGUAAAGUGAGAACGCAUCGGUAGAAUCCUCGCGAUCGUCAUAAAUCUCGCGACCUGCAGCAUCCCCAAGCGCAUGAUCUUGUGUGUGUGUAUGUGUGUAUUAGCGGAGUAUGAAGGGGGUGUGAAUAACUUUAGUGAACAGCAUUAGUGGCUCCCGAUCGAGCAAAACAGAGAGGGAAAACCCCACCGCCAGCAAAGCGAACGUAUAGACCCAGAGUUGAUCUCUCCCCCUUUUUUCCAGUUUGCCAGUGAAGCUUUUAUAAAGCGCAGUGCCGUUCGGUGCGUUAGAUUUAAUUUAUUGCGUCUCCUCGCUGCGGUCGCGUCGCGCUGCUUUGCAUUUGCGAAACCUUUUUUUUCUUCACAUCAUCAAAUUCUAAUCCGUUCGAUAUUGCAUUACGCGUCCAUUAAAUGCUGCGGCUGCCCGUGCGCUGAGCGGCAGAAAGUGGACAACCAUAAGUGGAAAGUAGAGGCUGUGCAGGAUUCUGUUUUUACUGCAUUACAUACCACCCCAGUGACGAGUCGCCCGCUCAAAACACAGUGACAGUUUGUGCCGGCGGGAGGAAAAACACUUACGCCCUGAAACAAAAACAGCCGCACGAUUUGGAAAAGUGAACCGUUUCGAACCGUUUACCGGUGGAAAUUGUAGUGAAGAAAGCAAAACUGUUUGGAAGUGAUACUAGUGAACCUGGUGUCUGGUUGCUUUUUGCAGUUGUAUGCUGUAUUAAGGCGAUUGCCAACGAGAGGUGACAAUCUAAAUACGGGCGUGUGCCGAAGAUUUUGACACAUUCGGAACAACUGAAACAGCUGUUCGUUGCUUGUGAUACAACCCCGAAAAGACUUCGACAGCCGAUCAAUGUCAAUACUGUCCGCAGACGCUUGCUAAGCUCAACAGUUCACAAUAAAGUGCUAAACAAAACUCACGUAGUCACUAGUGCAGUGUGCUUCUUAUAAGUCUGAAACCUUCCAAAAAAAAAAAUCAAUCCCAAAAUGGCUUCCACAAAUACGACGGCAUCUUCCAACUAUUGGGACUUCAUAUUCACCGAGCUGGCCGAUCCGCGGACAAAUCAUUGGCCGCUGAUAUCGUCACCUGUUCCAGGUUUGACGAUCAUUGCCUGCUACCUGUACUUUGUGCUGAACUUCGGCCCAAAGUAUAUGGCAAAUCGUAAACCUUUCCAGAUGCAAAAGACCCUGGUCGUGUACAACUUUAUUCAAGUGCUAGUCAGCAUAUAUCUGUUCGCUGAGGGUCUGGACGGUGCCUGGCUACGGCACUACAGCUGGAGAUGUCAACCGGUGGACUUUAACGAUAAUCCCGUCGCUAUGAGGGUCGCACGUGGCUGCUACGUCUACUUCCUGGCGAAAAUUUCCGAGCUACUGGAUACAGUGUUCUUCACGUUGCGGAAGAAAGACAACCAGAUCACCUUCUUGCACCUGUACCACCACACCGUAAUGCCAAUGAUCUCCUGGGGCGCUACCAAGUACUACCCCGGAGGACACGGCACAUUCAUCGGUGUGAUCAACUCGUUCGUUCACAUUGUUAUGUACACGUACUACAUGAUGGCUGCGAUGGGACCUCAGUAUCAGAAAUAUCUCUGGUGGAAGAAGUACAUCACCAACCUGCAGAUGGUCCAGUUCGGUAUGGCAUUCGCUCACUCCGCUCAGCUUCUUUGGACCGACUGCGGCUACCCACGCUGGUCCGUCUUCUUCACCCUACCGAACGCGAUCUUCUUCUACAUGCUGUUCAAUGAUUUCUACAAGAAGUCGUACGGUUCGAAGAAAAAGGCCGCUCCAGUCACUGCCACCGAUGUUACCACCAAACCGAUCGAAAACAAUAACUCGCCAAAGGUCGCCAGCAAGGAGCUGUGAGGAAUGUCUCUAGCGGUCCAACGCCACCGAUCAACAACCGUCUUCAGCGUAAACGUAAAUCAACAAACCAAUAGAUAUCGAACGGCGCCAUCGCCACGCGAGGUGUUGCCAGGCCCUAUUCCUACGCCGCAACCACAUCUUGACCACUGUUCCGAUUGAUGGCGGUGCUGCUACUGCUCAUCUAGCACCAGUGGACGGGAGCGUGUUCCAUUUUCUCAACGUACCUUGAAUGUACCAUGAUAGCUAGUGCGUGUACUAGCAGCCCGACAGGAAGAAGUAACUGCGAAGAAGGCCAUCCAGCGGCCAAACGCUCAAUGGGGGAAAGGCCACAUGGGGCGAGUGAUCGAUUCCGAAAUCGUACGGUUAGGUAGCGAUCUAGUGUAAUAUUAGUCUGUAAGAUAAUUUCGUUUUAUAAAGAAAAAUAAAUUAAUGAUACAACUGAAA